AUGAUUAAAGACGCAUUAUAUGCAGUAACGCACGGUCAGGAUUUAUCCUACGACCUUGCUAAAGAUACAAUGAACAAGAUUAUGAGCGGUGAUGUACCCGAGGUUCCUAUGGCUGGUUUCUUGUGUGCUCUUGCAGCGAAGGGCCUUACUGUAGAUGAGGUUACGGCGUUUGCUGAGGUUAUGCGCGAAAAGGCCGGUUCUGUUCCUCACGAAGGCACUGUUGUAGAAAUUGUAGGUACUGGCGGUGAUGAAGCUAAUACGUUUAACAUUUCUACCACAUCUGGUUUCAUUAUUUCCGCAGCAGGUAUUCCUGUAGCAAAACAUGGUAACCGUAGUGUAUCUAGUAAAUGUGGCGCUGCAGAUUUGAUUGAAGCGUUGGGGGCUAAAUUAGAGCUUAACGGCGAGCAAAACGAAGCGGUUCUUAACAAAGCGAAUAUGUGCUUCAUGUUUGCUCCUGUGUAUCACCAAGCUAUGAAAUAUGCAGGUCCUGUACGUAAGGCUUUGGGCGUGCGCACUGUGUUUAAUAUUCUUGGACCUUUGGCAAAUCCAGCAGGCGCAACUGUGGAGUUGAUGGGUGUUUACGACAAAACUUUAGUAGAACCAUUGGCCCGCGUAUUGGCUAACCUUGGCGUGAAACGCGGUGCUGUGGUACAUGGCUUCGACGGCCUUGAUGAGAUUACAGCUAUCAACAAAACGUACGUAUGCGAAAUUAAUAAUGGUACUUUCACAAGUUACAAAUUCGAUCCUAAGGACUAUGGUUUCGAAUACGCUGAUAAAACUGAGCUUGAAGGUGGCGACGCAACAGUAAAUGCUGAGAUUACACGCCGCGUUCUCGGUGGUGAGCAAGGCGGUAAACGUACCGCAGUUCUUCUCAAUGCUGGCAUGGCGAUUUACCUUGCAAAAGAUGGUAUUACAUUAGCAGAGGGCAUUGAAGAGGCGAAACAUAUGAUCGACUCUGGCAAGGCGCUUGCUACAAUGGAACAGUUUGUGAAAGCAACUCAAGAGGUGGAAUCUCCAGAGUCUGUGAAAGCAGCGGCUUUAGCAUUACCAUCUGAUACAGGAUUUCCUUUUGAAGCAGCCCUUCGUCAGCAAGAUUUCAAUUUCAUUUGUGAAGUGAAAAAGGCGUCUCCCUCCAAAGGCAUCAUCGCUGAGCACUUCCCGUAUUUAGAGAUCGCGAAAGAAUAUGAAGUGGCUGGUGCUGCGGCUAUCUCUGUUUUGACGGAGCCAGAUUUCUUUAAGGGUGAUAAAAAAUAUUUGCAAGAAAUUGCAAGCACCGUAAAAAUUCCUGUGCUUCGUAAGGACUUUAUCAUCGAUGAAUACCAAAUCUACCAAGCAAAGGUAUGGGGCGCUAGUGCAAUCCUAUUAAUCUGUGCAUGCCUCGAUGUGCCUACGCUGACAAAGUUCCGUGAGUUAGCUGAUUCUCUUGGCUUAUCCUCUUUGGUAGAGGCGCAUGAUGAACAUGAGGUACAAAUGGCUAUCGAUUGCGGUGCCCGCAUUAUUGGCGUUAACAAUCGUAACCUCAAGGACUUCACUGUAGAUGUACAAAAUAGUGUGCGCUUGCGCAAUCUCGUGCAAGACGAUGUGAUCUUCGUAUCUGAAAGCGGGCUAGAAACGCCGGAGGAUAUCCAAGUAUUGCGGGAUAACAAUAUCGGCGUAGCCUUGAUGGGGGAAACCUUCAUGCGCUCUCCCAAUAAGGUUGAAAAGUUAGCCUAUCUUUAUGGACCCACAUAUUAUACGCCUAAGAUUAAGAUGUGCGGUAUUUCUAAAGUGGAAACUAUCCUUGCUAUAGUCGAUGCAAAGCCUGAUUAUAUGGGCCUUGUAUUUGCACCAAGUAAACGACAAGUCACUGUAGAUCAAGCUAAGAUUUUAGUAAGUGAGCUACACAAACAAUAUGCAAAUCGAUAUAACAGAGAUGUCAUACAAUGGAGUAAUGAUGUAGUACAAGCUGGAACUAUAACUGAUGUAGUACAAGCUGGAACUAUAACUGAUGUAGUACAAGAUGGAACAAUAAUUAACGCAUUGCAAGAAGAAACAGCAACUGGUGAUGCGCAUGAAGGGACACUGACUAGUACAGAAAAUAUAAGUCCGACACUUAUACAUCAAGAAUUUAUUAAAACGGUAGGCGUUUUUGUCAAUGAAACGCUAGAUAAUCUCGUUACGAUUGCCACAGAAGUAAAUCUUGAUGCGGUGCAAUUGCACGGUGAUGAAGAGGAAGCUUUCAUCCAAUCCUUAAAAGAACGUACUAAUGUAGAGGUUUGGAAGGCUGUUCAAAUCCGCAGUGCUGCAGAUGCAGAAAAAUGGAUUGAUAGCAGUGCUGAUAUGCUCUUGUUUGAUGCAUAUCACAAAGACGAGCGAGGCGGUACGGGUGAAGUAUUCGACUGGUCUUACUUAGAUGAGUUUGAACGACCGUUUUAUGCUCGCUGGUGGUAUAGAUAG